GAAUCAGCUUAAUUAUAUCACAGAAGAGCUUAAAAAUCCUUACAGAAAUCUACCACUCGCUAUAAUAAUUGGAAUCCCUCUGGUCACGGUGUGUUAUAUUCUGAUCAAUGUUUCUUAUUUCACCGCCAUGACAGCCACAGAACUUUUGCAGUCUCAAGCGGUUGCAGUGACAUUCGGGGAUCGAGUCCUUUAUCCCGCUUCUUGGAUUGUUCCACUUUUCGUGGCGCUUUCAGCCCUGGGGGCAGCCAAUGGGACUUGCUUCACGUCUGGCAGGUACCACUGGUCAUUCCUUUUAUUGUGGUGUUAGUGGCUAUCAUUCUGGUUUUGGCACCUAUUAUCAGUGAGCCUGAGUUUGCAUAUUUAUACUGCGUCCUAUUUAUUUUAAGCGGACUUAUUUUCUACGUUCUUUUCAUCCACUAUAAGUUUGCCUGGGCUCAAAAAAUCUCAGAGCCCAUCACCAUGCAUCUUCAGAUGCUGCUGGAAGUCGUCCCACCAGAAGAAGUUACUGAAUGAAAAAAAAAAAAAGAUCCUAUUUUUCCUUCUGAAACAGGACAGAAACUGGAUCCUCAAACUAGCUCAGUUUUGCCAAGCAAAAUUUAGUGCUGGUGGUUUACGGAAUAUGCACGACAGUAAAAAUCUUACAAUAUGUAUGAAACAGCAAAGACCUUAACAAAGAUUUUUUUGUUUCAUAUUUACCCUGACUUACCGAGAGAGGAGUCAAUUUUUUGCAUCAGUUACAAUUUUAAGAUUUAUAGCCAAGCGUGGAAAAAAAUCAAGAAAAGAAACAGGGAGUUUCCACUACUAAAUUCGAAAUGAAAAGCAUUUUAACAACUAAGGAUGACCUUUUGGGCAAUCUCUUAAGACAAGGCAUCUGAGCGACCCAUUAACCAACGCAACUCCUGCAUCCGAUAGGGUAGAGAGCCAUAUCUAGAUGGCAAGGAGAUGCAAGAAGGAUGAAGAUGGAACUGUUUACCUCUAAAACCCAAAGGAAGUUAACAAGUCUAUCCUUGGCCUCAAGAGAGCUUGAGACAGUGCUAUGCUUUCUCUGUACUUAAAGCAUUUUGCAAAAUCAGUGGAUGGGAUAAUAGGGGCUUUAUUGGCCUGGCAUGAGAUCUAAUCCUCACGGCCUAGAUAGGAAUUGUCUACGUUUUUCCUCCUCUGACACCCAAGUCUGUGUUUUCAUUUCUGUGGAACUUUAACUAUGAGGUUGAUGAUAUAGACUGUUAACCUUCUGCACUGUUCAACGUUGGAUGUUUUAAGAAACAAGGAGGACAACUGCAUCGCGUCCCAAAAUCUAAUUACCAAAGUACAAUUGGAAGACAACAAAGGCGUUUGUAGCAUUUUAAAAAGACUGGUGAGAUUUAUUACUGCAAUUUUGAAAACCUGUUAGGAUGUCACUCCCCCAAACAUGCAGGAAGAGUAUAUCCUUUUCUUUUUAGGAAAUACCAAGUGUGGGAAAACCCAGGGCCAUAUGAUAGUUGGGAGACCACAGACGUUUUACCGUUACUGAAUAUUAGUUUUUGAAAAUUAUUCAGGGGCUUUUAUAAAAAUCUGAGGUGCUCUCUUUCAGAACUGGUCCUUUGCUGUUUCAAUAUUAGCCUCUGGGACUAUUUUGACUCUUAGCAGUUUCAAGUCACAAAUAAUACAAGGUUUUACAAAACAGAGGUUAUUCAUUUUAAAUUUUAAUCAACACUUUUUUUUUCUCAGAAAGACAACUAACGGUCAACAGGAUUAAUAUUAAUUCAGAGAAGGAUCAAGUCUCUGACUUAUCUGAAUGCAGAAUUAUAAACUCAGGUUGUUUGUAGAUUUGUGCUUCCUUUGUUAUUUUGAUAAACUUUGCACAGCUAUGAAACUAGAACAAUUGGAUUGUACAGUAAUAUGUUUUCAGAGAACUGGCUUGUAUAUUCUAACAUAAUUUCUCAACCUUGAUAACUUUGCUGGCUGAGGAAUUUUGGGAGUUGAAGUCCACACAUCUUAAAUUUGCCCAGGUUGAGAAACACACUUCUAAUGAAUGUGGGGUGUGCAAAGAAUUCCUGAGAACAAUAAAAUCCUUUGACCUUAGCCCACAAACAUAUACUACAGCCCUCUAUGUCAAUAACAUUUUGCAAAAGUUACCAUUCUGUAUAAGUUGCAUUUAUAAUUACAGGUUUUCUGUAUUCAGAUUUUUCCAUGUUAACAUUUCAAGAAAUGUGAUAUGAUUUUAUUUUCUUCCUCUUGAGGAAGAAAUAUGUGAUGCUUUGGUUGACACAGCUGAUAUAUUGCAAUACCACAAUAUAUACACCUGAAAGCAAAACCAGGAAUUUGAAUGUUUUCUGAAACUUAAACACAAAACUUAAUAUUGUGAAAAAGGAACCAAAAGUUAUUCUUUUAUAAUGUUACAUUACUGCUUUACCUCUCACAAAGAAUUACCUCAUCAUAUCAAUUAGACUGAAUUAACAUUAUCCAUUUUAAGCUCCCUAAGAACCAAGUUACAACAAAGGAUCAGCCUAUUCCGUUAGCAGCAUGAAGCAUUACAAAAACUCACCGAUUAUAUUAUAUUGUAUUUUUUUUUUAAAGCAAGAUAAAAAAAAUAUGCUUUCUUUGAGAAGUGUUUUGGUCUAAGUGCAACCGAAAAGCAAUUUUCAAUAUUGUAAUUGACCUGGUCUAAUUGUUAAAUUUGAUAUAACUAUCAACUUGUAUAUCAAAUUAAAUUUCACUCAAAUUUGUUAA